UUGUAACAGACCGGGGCAGGGGAGCGGGCGACAGAGGCUUCAACAAACAAAAAUUGGCAGAUCUUGCACAGUUUCAAAGGAUAAUUUUAUCUGGACAGAAAUGUUAAAGUCUGUGCUCAUUCUGGGACGUAAAACUUCGCCGGAGAUUUAACACGCCCUCGAAGAGGAAAAGGGACACGAAACCUCGGUGGCUUGUUUUACAAAAGCAAUCAUUAAACGCCGGGCUGAGAAGACAAGGCUUGACACAUAAGCCAUUGUUAACACAAGAUAGAUUUUAAAAAAUUAAAUGAAGUCCGCCGCCCGCAUCGCCUGCCCUGUGUUCUCGUUUUGUGCAAUUGUGAACGACGAUACAUUUUCCUUGCACAAAUCCAAAAAUCAAGACUAAUUGCCUGUCUCUUCUGCUCAUAUGCAUUUUUGUGUGGACUGUAGUGAAAUGUAUACAUUUCGCAACGGAUCAACGAGCACAGCAUUGCAAUCCAUUUUCAACAGAUCAAGCUACGUUUCUUUAUCAUAGACAUCCACGUAGCCUACAGCUUGAGAAGGUGGUAAACUGUGAAAUCAGAGAAUCGUGUGGAGUUUGAAAAGAAAAGGAAAAAAGCAUACUGCCAUAACCAAAGGAAUUUUUUUAUGUCGAUUGUUGCUGCUGAUACAACGGUGAACAGCGGAACCGUCGGCAAAGGCUAUUCCUGCGUAAGACGCUGAGUUUCCAUGGAGACAGUGGGGACACUGGGCCUGAAGCGAAAAUUCGAGGAGGUGGACAGCGGCUCGCCCUUCUCCACGCCCAAGGACUCGGACGAUGACAUCUCCAGCAGCGACAGCGCGGACAGCUGCGACAGCCUCAACGCCCCCUCCAGCUCCCUCACGCCCACCUCCAUCCUCAGGCGUGCGCGUCCCUCUGUGGGGCGUAAGCGCGUGCGCUUCGACUCGGUGACGGUGUACUACUUCUCGCGGCGCCAGGGCUUCACCAGCGUGCCCAGCCAGGGGGGCAGCUCCCUGGGCAUGGCGCGCCACCACUGCGACAUCCGCCACUACACGCUGGGCGAGUUCGCCCGCGAGCAGGAGAGCGGCCACAGGCUCGUCCUGCGACAACACCUGCGCCAGGAGAAGCUCAACGCACGCAAGAUGAAGCUGACCCGUAACGGCACGGUGGAGUGUGCCCAGGCCGAGCUCCUGACCCUGGACGACGUGUCGGACGAGGACCUGGACGUGGAGAGCGUGGAGGUGGACGACUGCUUCUUCCUGCAGCCGCUGCCCACCAAGCGGCGCCGGGCGCUCCUGCGCGCCUCGGGCAUCAGCCGCAUCGACGCGCGCGAGAAGGCCGAGCUCCGCACCAUCCGGCUGUCGCGCGAGGAGUGCGGCUGCGACUGCCGCUUCUACUGCGACCCGCGCCACUGCGGCUGCAGCCAGGCGGGCAUCAAGUGCCAGGUGGACAGGAUGUCGUUCCCUUGCGGCUGCUCGCGGGAGGGCUGCGGCAACGGCGCCGGUCGCAUCGAGUUCAACCCGCUGCGCGUGCGCACGCACUACCUGCACACCAUCAUGAAGCUGGACCUGGAGAAGCGCGGCCUGCUGGCCGAGGCCCUGGACGUCGACCCCCCCGAGGCGCCCACGCCGUCGCCCUCCAUGUCCCCGUCCCCCUCGCUGUCCCCGGGCUCGGAGCUGGAGGCGGACGCGCGGGCCGUGCAGGCGCUGCUGGCCGAGCACGACUCGCUGGAGCGCGAGAACGAGACGGCCGUGCUGCACCUCCAGAGCGCCGAGGAGCGCGAGCGGAGGAGGCGCGAGCAGGAGCAGGAGGAGCUGGUGGAGGAGGAGGAGGAGGAGGAGGAGGCGCGCCGGGCGGAGGUGCAGGCCGUGGAGGGCAUGCUGAUCCAGGGGGGCUUCCCUGGGGGCGCGGCGCUGCUCUGCAUCUCACAGGAGCCCGUGGGCCAGACGCUGCAGCAGGAGGAGCAGGAGGAGCAGGAGGAGGUGCAGGAACAGGAGCAGGAGGCGCAGCGAGAGCCACAGCUGCAGGAGGAGCAGAAGCAUGAGCAGGAGGCGCAGCGAGAGGCGCAGCGAGAGGAGCAGCGAGAGCCACAGCUGCAGGAGGAGGAGCAGGAGGAGCAGCGAGAACCACAGCCGCAGGAGGAGCAGCGAGAACCACAGCUGCAGGAGGAGCAGGAGGAGCAGGAGGAGCAGGAGGAGCGCCUUCUGAAAGACCAGCCUGCCGCCCCGCUGCUGUACUACCAGAUCGGUCAGCUGGAGGCCAGCGCUGUCCAGUCCCACGCCACAGCCGAGGAGGUGCAGCGGGAGAGCGCGGAGGCCAAGGCGGGCGCAGGGCACAGCCAGGCAGGAGGAGGAGGAGGAGGAGGAGGAGGAGGAGAGGACGGAGACACGGAGAGCAAGGGCCAGGAACUGGCCACCCGCGAGCAGAGCUCGGGCGAGAGCUCGCCCUCGUCUUCGUCCACCGAGGAUCCACGCCCCGAGAGCAGAGUGGUCAGAUCUGACUUCCUGUGCCCCAGCGACUGCCAGUGGUCACCUGACCCUGCCGCGAGGCUCAGGAAGUAG